AUGGAUUCGUCCAACAGCCCCUUCAUCAACCCUGAUGACCCGGACCACCCUUUGGUUCAUAUUUCCAAACGGAAUGAAGAUGAGUCUUUAUUCCUCAAAAGACUUGCCCUUGAGGUUCGCCUGAUGAUCUACGAGUUUGCCGUAGCCAUGGAUGACGCUGUCGAGCCCGUACAGCAGGCUGAACGAUCCAAUAAAUUCUUCUCAGACAGAUUCAGUGGCACACCCUCAACAGUUGUUUGUCUUGGUCGAAUCUGCCGCAAAAUUUACCAAGAGCUAGAAAACUAUCCAGUUUUCUACCGUGUGAACAAGUUUCAGUUCUUCACAUCCUAUGAUAUGCACAAAUUUUUUGCAGCUAUUCACCCUAAGCGCCUGGUGAUGAUCCGCACCAUUCGUCUCACGUAUGGCAAUGCCCCAACUACGACUGGAGUAUGGGGUAAGGGUGAUCACUUCCUCAAGCAUGUUCUAGCACUUUUGAGUCAGUGCACCAAUCUUGAAGAUCUCUCUCUUAUUCUUCAGCAGAACGGCGGGAAUGACUUGAGUUAUUUCCUUGUCGGUUGGGAAGGCUUGGUGAAGGACUCUCUUAGUCAACCAGCUCUUAUCAAUCUGCCUGUAUUUAAGGUAUUCCUACGCUAUAGCCCUGGGGGCCCAGAGUAUCCUCUUGAAGAGGCUCUUGGUCAUUCACAGUUCAUUCAAACCAAGCAAACUAAAGAGAUCUUCACUGCCAUCGUUCAUGGUAUGAAAGCUCGUAAAAUAGUUUUUGACGGUUUGCCCGAAGUCAGGAUCAAUGACAAGAAGGACUACCGGCCUGAGUGGCUAAGAAACAUGGCAGAUGGAACUGCAAUCAACGAGGCUAUUAAAGCUGCAGCGAUAGACUUCCCAGGUCACAAACGUAUUGCACAGGAUGUGAGAGCCAUGUCCGACAAUGUCUCAUGUCGCACUAGACGCAAAUUCCAGGCUGUAAACGAGAUUGGAGUCGUAUAUCGCAAGGUACCUCAGUUCGAUGGGGGAGGGCUGUUGACUUGGGCAUUCAAUGAGAUAAAGGAGGUCCGCUGGACUGAUUCUGAGGAUAUAGAGCUUGAAGUACGCUGGUGUCAGCCUGCCAGGGUGCCUGAAACCUCCUGGGUACCCUUCUCGUCCCUUGAAAUGAACGGGGCACAAGAGGAGACGAUGCUCGCUUUCUACAGAAAGGUUAUGCAGGUGCUACCCGACCCGUCACGCCUGGAAAGCUAUUAUCAAAAGAUAAAAUAUAUGCCUUCACUUUCAGUCAUUGCCGAAUACGCUGGUGGGGUGGACGAUUUCCUCAACAAGAACGCCCCGACUUCUCGCGUGAGGACCGGCGAGGUGACGAAGAAGAGGUUCAGGGCAUGGGCUUACUGGACCAAGGCGUGGGAGAAUAACACCGCCAGAUUGGAGAGAGAGUUGAGAAAGCAGAAAAAGGAGGCAGCAGAAGCAGAAGCAGAAGCUGCGAAGGCUAGAGAGGCUAGAGAGGCUGAAGAGGCUGCCAAAGCUAAAAAGGCUGCGAACAAGGAUUCAACCAAGAAAAAGGGAAAUCUGCAGCCAACUAAGAAAGCUUCGAAGGUCACUAAAGCCAAGAGCGUCAAAGCUAAGAAAGCUGCAAAGUGAUCGUGAAGGUUGAUUAGAGGGCAUCGUGGAUAGUAUUCCCUUGGAGCAUGU